AUGCAAGCAGCGAUCCUGGAGACCUCGAGUCUGUAUACGACCCAGAAUAAUCCAAAUAGUUCACCCGGAGGCCAUGGUUAUUAUACGGCAGCUGCCGGCCUUCCGGGAUUAGGCGAGUGGCAUAGUCUGGACGAGUAUGCCAUCUGUACGCCGCCAACCGUCAGCAUUCCUCUCUCAGCUCCUAGCCCCCUGAAUUGGGAUUUUUGGAGCCAGGACGGUAUGCUGGGCAGCCUUAAUACCGACACAUUACCCGCUGUUGUACCUGAUUUUCAAAUUGAUGCUGAAUUUGUUCCGUCACUUCACUCCCCGUCAGCCGCGAAUAUCACCCAACCCUAUCCAUACACCCAGUGCAGUCAGGAUGACAACUCGUCCGCUGAGAAUCCAGCCUGCGUGACCUUACAAAACCCGCCUAGUGGUGGCAGUUCUACCUUCACCGUGCCACUGGCAUCUCGCAAACGAGAGGCCGAGUCGGGAAAUGCCCUACUUAAGCGCGAGCGCAAUACUAUUGCAGCACGGAAAUAUCGACAGAAGAAGAUUGAACGAAUCGAACAAUUAGAGAAGGCACUUGAAAAGAUGACCAAGGAGAGGGACGAAUUGAAGUUGCGAUUGGCAUCGAAGGAGGCGGAAGCAGAUCUAUUAAAGAGCAUAGUGGGCCGGGGCGCCUGA